AUGGCUUACAAAAAUUCUACCGAUUUGCAAUAUGAUUCAUGUUCAUUUCAGGCAAAGGGAUCCUACAGUAAAUUCGAGACUUUUUUGAUGUCUCUUGAUAUUCCAAAUAUCAUUAUUCCUGACUGUGAUCUAAAACAGUUUGAAAAAAUUGCAUUCUCAAAUUCCCGCUUUCUUCGAAUGAGUCUCAUUGAGGGACAACUUGAGAUCAUCAUGCCACCAUUGCCAGUUCACUAUGAAACUGAUAGCCCUGACGAUGAUGAAAAAUUAUUACUAGGUGAUAGGAAGUUCGAAAUUAUUGGCCAGGUUUACAAUUGGUGCGAAGCUAAUAAAAGUUCAGUUGGGCGCCGUG